AUGUCAGACGUUGAAAAGGGUUUGGGUAUAAAGGGAUUGCUUGAUGAAACAGUAAAGAAAAGAUCUGUUUUUCGAACAUUCCUCAUGUAUGGAUUUCAUUUUUUGGUCUGGUUGUUUGGAGUUAAAGGAGUUAGAGAUACACAGUGUGGUUUUAAAAUGCUAACAAGAGAAGCUGCUCAGAUUUUAUUUCCUGCAUUACAUGUAGAAAGAUGGGCUUUCGAUGUAGAACUUUUACACUUAGCACGAGAAAUGAAGAUUCCAAUCAGUGAAGUAGCUGUCAAUUGGACAGAGAUAGAAGGUAUCUAUUAUUAAGUACAUAAACA